AUGUCCAGUCUCGUCGACUACGUCGCCGAACAAGACGCUCUACUCCAAGAAGCAGCCCUAGCCCUCCCGCACACCUUCGAGUCCUGCACAUACUCUCACGGCCACAUCCGCCAAGCAGUCUACCUCUGCAAAACCUGCGCGGUCCCGCGCGGCGUCUGCACCGCCUGCUCCGUCGCGUGCCAUACGGACCACGAACAGCUCGAAUUAUUUCCAAAACGCGCGUUCAGAUGCGAUUGUCCGACGCACGCUUUGAGUCACGCGUGUACGCUACACAAGACACCGGAGGAGGUCAACGAGGGGAAUGUGUAUGGGCAGAAUUUCAGGGGGUUGUUUUGUAGAUGUGGAAGGGAAUAUAAUGCGGAGGAGGAGAAGGAGACUAUGAUACAAUGUCUGGCUUGCGAGGACUGGUUCCACGAGUCUUGUCUGAACUUGCGCGAACGACCUUCAUCCCGGCCUCCAACACCAAAGCCCCAACCUGAACCUCCAACCAACGGAAAUGCCCCGACUACGACCACGAACGGCAAUAAUGAAGUCGAAGACUCGGAAGACGGCGAUCUCCCGCCAGGUCUAAUAACCGCAGACGACUACGACGCCCUGAUAUGCUCCUCCUGUGUCCGCUCACGACCAAUACUUCGACGAUACGCUGGAACACCAAAUACUCUGAUGAUCAUACGAGAUAGCGCUGAAGCGCCGUGGCGCGUACACGGACGCCCUGAGCCCGCGACGUCGACGGAGGUGCUUGUGGAUGUUGGUUCCACGGAGUCCUUAGCAGGCCGGAAACGCGCGUUAUCGAGCUCUGAGAACGGCAAUGGUGAGGCGAGCACGAAGCGCGCGCGUACAGAAGACACCAACGCCGCGCCCGUGACGGCGCCUAAGGGUACCCACUCGAGCGCUUCGCCAUGCUUAGCGCCCUCCCCCUCCGCGACCGCCCAACACCUGCUAGCGCAACUCGACGCCUUCCCUCCCAACACCUCCCUCGGUGCCGGUGACAUCUUCCUCGCCGGCGAAUGGCGCGCGCGGUGGUGCCAAUGCUCGAACUGCAAGCCAGAAUUGGACAAGGAGAAGUGGUUGUUGUUGGAGGAAGAGACGUACGAGCCGCCCGAGGAUCCCGAUUCCGGGCUGAGCCUCGAUCAGCUGGGUAUGCAAGCUUUGAAUAGGUUGCCGAGGGAGAAGGUCAUUGAUGGAAUACGCGCGUUCAAUGAUAUGCGGGACGAACUCAUGAGCUAUUUGAGGCCGUUUGCGGAGCAGGGUAAAGCGGUCGGAGAGGAAGACAUCAAUCGCUUUUUCGAGGCGAGGAAGAGCGGGGCUGCGCGCUGA